GUGAACACACUGUAAGAUGCAGGGCGCUCUCUCCAACAGGAUCUGCCACCUCCCAGCUCAGAGGCGCGUCGUUCCGCAGAUAGUAACUUUACGCACUUCACUCUAAAAGGGCACUUCGUCUGACGGUCGAUACGCUGUUAGCUUCCCACAAACUGCCAGGGGAAAGCUCUGCAGGACUCAAAAAAGGCUACAUUGAGCAUACACUCAGCAGCUCAGGAAUAGCAGACUGGGGAAAACUCCACAUCUGCAGCUCGUGUUAUUUUCCGAUUUCCCCCCAGCCUCUAACAGUCUUCCCCGUUCUCUCUCUCACUCGGGAGGCCGGCUGCAAACCAUCUUCGGCCGAGGAACCUGGACCAAGAGCCGAUCUGAAAGCCCUCAGUCCUGGAAGCUGAAAGAGUGAGCAAGAUCAUGUGACAUCACAUGGUAGGCUGUGUCUCAUCAACAUAUCGCACAAUCAGAUUUGACCUCUUAUCCUGUGAGAUCUCUGCAACAAGUCCCUGAUCAUCGUUAGCUUUCCUGCUCCUCUGAUGCUGCUUGAUCUGCUGUGUUCAUCCAGCUCUACACCUUGUUAUCCCUGAUCAUCGUAUUAGUUUCCUAUUCCUAACUGGUGUCAGGAUUCGGGCUCUUACUCCCCACCUUUCCGCUGAACGAUGAAUAAUACGAUAGAGGACUCCACAAUACAGAUGCUCAACAACACUAUGAUGCAUUACACCUUGCCAAUGAUCUAUCUGGGCAUCUUUAUUAUCAGCACUCCCCUGAACACCAUCUCCCUGUGGCUCCUCUGCUGCCACAUGUGGCCCAGAACUCCCACCAUGAUCUUUUCCAUCAACCUGGCCAUCAACGACCUCCUGUACAGCUUGACGUUGCCCUUUCAGAUCGCCUACCAUUGGAACCGGAACAACUGGCUGGUUGGUGAGGCACUCUGCCAACUGGUGACCGUUCUCUUCUACAGCAACACGCACUGUUCCAUCCUGACGGUCAUGUGGAUAAGUGUGGAGCGUUACCUCGGCAUCGUGCACCCCUUGCACAGCUCUCACCUCCGCACGGUGAAAACCGCCACCGUACUCUGCCUGCUCAGCUGGUUGUUUGUCCUCAUGGUCCAUUUGCCCCUGAUGUACACCAAGCUGACCUAUGGCGUGCUGGAUCUGCAAAUCAUCACCUGCUUCGAUAUCAUUCCCCGCAAUAUGUUUCCCGCUGUUUAUUAUUUUUACCUGUACUACUCAGCACAGAUAUUUCUGUUUUUCCUUGUUCCAUUCGUGGUCAUGACACUGUGCUACUCAAGGAUUAUUAGGACCCUGCUGAAGGCACCAGCAGCUCAAAUUAAAGAGUCGAGGAAGCAGAUUGUCUAUUUGACCAUUGUCGUGUUGCUUGCUUUUGCCAUCUGCUAUCUCCCCACUCAGAUAAUCAUGAUCGUACAUUUCGUCCGCUCCUACCAGAAGAGACCCAUCUACAUCCUGUAUAAGUUCUCCCUGACUCUGAACAGCUUAAACGGCUGCUUUGAUCCCUUGCUGUACUACUUCGCUUCGAAAGAGUUUAGACGGAAGGUCCAGAAGCUUCUGCCUUGCAUCCCCAUGGACGACUGCGACAAGACGUCGAGUAACAUCGCACUACCUCUAGCUGCUCAGGGCAGUCAGUAAGUUGGGUGCUCCUCGGGGCUCAUGAUUAUGACGGCCUUCACUUCUAUCAAAAGCAUUCCAUCCCUCAGACCACCGGCGAGAGGUGGGAGGGAGGGGGCAUUACUGUCAAUCGAGCUACGCAAGAAGAGCAGUGUGUGAAUACACGGCAUUGUGAAAUGUAAAUGAAACCAGGCAGAAUGUGUGGCUUGUGUUGCGGAAACACAGGUAGAUGUUCCUCAGGCAAAUCUCAAGAAGUCCACUCCAUCCAGCUUUGCUCUUACCAGUGGAAGCAUAUAUUUAGCGUUUAGAGAGACAGAGCAGGAAAGGUUCACCAGAACGAUCCUGGCAUGGUGGGAUUGUCCGAUGAGGCAGGAACGAGGAGACAAGGCCUAUAUUCUCUAGAGUUUAGAAGAAUGAGAAGUGAUUUCAUUGAAAUGUAGGAAAUUCUUUCAAGACUUGACAGUACAUGCAGAGAGGACGUUUCUGCUGGUUCAGAGUCUAGAACCAGGGGUCACAUUUUCCAUAUAAGCGAUUGGCCAUUUAGGACUGAAAGGAGGAGGAAUUUCUUCAGAGGCUGGUGAAGCUUAGAAACUCUCUCAUCCUUCAGUGGGCUUUGGAGGCUCAGCCAUUGAGUAUAUUCAAGAUAGAGAUCCAUAGAUUCCUAGAUGUUAAAGAUAGCAAGGGAUAUGGGAAUAGUGCGGAAAAAAUGAGGUAAAAGAUCAGUUAUGAUCUACUUCAACAUCAUAGCAGGCUUGACGGGCUGAAUGGCCAACUUCUGCUCCUAUUUCUUAUGUUCUGAAGAAAAAUGUGCCUCUUGCCCCUUCUUAUCUGGUUGUGAAGACCUGCUAAAGAGAGAGACUCCAUCAUCUACAGCAUGUUUUUCACCUCCACCAGCUUUACAUUCCACUAAAAUAAAGCUAAUAUCUUGAAAUUAUUCCUCCUGCAAAUUCCCAUUGUUAUGUAUUUAUUUAUUUAAUGGUUUGGUUUCCAAUAUGCUUUAUGGGCUGAAAUCUCUACCCACAAGGUGAAAGCUGGCAAGCAUUGGAAAGGAAAAGUGAUGGAUGGUUAUGAUAGAAGAUUUAGAUGAGGAAAGUUGGCUCAAGUGGAGUAUAAUUACUAGCAUGGCAUAGUUGGGUCAAAGGGCCUGUUUGUAAACCAGCUAUCCAAUAUAAUCCAAACAAAGUGGCACAAAGAGUUGGUGGCAUCUACAAAUCAGCUGAUAACUGAUCUACAACAGGCUGUCCCAAUGCAGUGAGGGAAGAAAUUGGUCCUGUUUUCUUCACUAAUAUGCUUGAAUUGCACUCCACUAUUUGAGUAACUUUAUUUUAAUUUGCAGGCGUGUGGUGAUAGAAGAGGGAAGAUUGGCACCACAGUAAUGUGUGACAGUGUGGUAGUAAGACAGUGGUGUUGUGGUAAUGUCGCACUGGGUAGGGUAAUGUGCAAGGCCCAACCAUUUCGGCUGCUCCAUCAAUGACCAAUGGUCUUCCAAGGGAUGGCGUGGACUCGACGGGCUGAAUGGCCUGCUUCCACACUAUGGGGAUUCUAUAAUUCAAGACGUUGGACACCAUCCAGGACAAAGUAGCCAUCUUGAUAGACUUCCCAUCACCACUUUCAGUAUUCACUGUCUCGACCACUGAAGCAGAAUGGCAGCUAUUUGUGUCAUGGUGUGCUUAGAGACCAGUUUUUUUUUUAAUUUGAAUGUAGAAAAAGCUCAAGAUUCCUGGUAUUGACUAAACAAUUAAAACCGAAAGAUUCCACAGAUUUUUCCACAUAAAAUAAAAGUUACCACACAAAGAAUAGCAAAACAAUCUACAACAAUUCUAGAACUCAUAAUCUAACUACCAGAAUUAACAUGAGGUAAAUAUGGUUAACAGACAGACUCUGGUGGAAGACACCACAGACUGUGUCAAGUAGCAUGUGUGGUCAAGACAGGUCCCACAACUCCUCCCCAAACAUUAGUGAUCUGGUAUGCCACCGAUCUCAUUAAAAGUAUUGACUCAUUUAGAAGGAUUCCAGUACUUCACUUUCAAAAGUGUAGCCAUGGCACUCCCUCAAUAGCUGUCUGGUCAUGGACUGCCUCAAUAGGUGCUCACAUCCUGGUAUUUCAAUCAUUGCUCAAAACUGCUUUUCACUUGAUCCUUGAGGGUGGUCUACAAUUUCUGCUCAUGGGCACAAUUCACAGUUUCACAGCUAGCUAGCUUUACUUUGCUGACACGGCUGCUGGGUUUGUCUAAGCGCUAAUAUUAUUCAGAUGCACCAAGCAAAUACUGCUUGUGGGCUUCCUUUAGCCCAAUGCUUAGCUCCUCUGGCCAACAAUGGUUUCUCCUGGUACCCAACUGACCUGGAUGGCUCUCAGGGAUUUUCUGAGUCUGAAUCUCAAAUCAAAGCUGCAUCUAUUGGUUCUCAGGGUUGUUCCUAAGCCUUCACUGUGCAGAGUAUUCUACCACAUCUUUUCAGUUUGGAGCCUUUUCCCCUUUCUCAAUUUACCUGACUGACCAAUAGCCUGAAUGUAAGAACCCAAAUGUAGUAACCCUCUGUUUCAACUGUUUGCAACCAACUCAUAAAAUCUGACUGUUCAGUGACCUCUGAACAUUUUGGUUUGACCUGUUGAAAACCACUUAACAAGCCCAGCCCUUGUUCUCAUACAAGAUUAACUGGAAUGGUCACUGGCAUGCCCUGUCUCUCGAAUGCAAUAAACUUGACAGGCUGCCAGCCCAGACACACUAAUAGAUACCAAAACUAAGAUAAAUUUUAUCACACAUGACACUUAGCUAUAUCGCUGCUUCCAAAAGACAGAGUUAAAAUCUGAGAAACACAAAAGAGGGAGAUGGAUCUGGGUGUCGGGAGGUCUUCUCCGACAUUUGUCUCCAAUUUUAUACCUCCUCAUAAUUACAGGUGAUAUCAUGGUGGCAAAUUUAUUCACACUGACACAGAUUUAGAUAAUCUAGAUUGACUUCAGUAUACAGUGGGUGCUUCAUUCUUAGAGAUGAUGGUUUUGCAGAUCAAGCAUUGAAAUCCAAUUCCAUCAACAUAUGCUUUCUUUGUUUCUCAUGGGAUGGUUGACUUCAAUGGCUAGGCCAGCAUUUAUCACUGAUUCAAGCACACAUCAAAGGUCCCAUCUUUGAAAAAAGAAUGGGAUCACUUGUCUUGGAAUCCUGAGGAGGCUUUAUUCCUCACACAGUGGUCCAUCAAUCUGACUGGCAGUCUGUGAGAUAGCGCUGCGCGGAAAUUGGUUGUAAUAUUGCCAACAAAAUGGCAGUAACUCAUUUCAGAUAGUCAUCAUUGUUUGUGACGUUUUUUCGGAAACUCCAAAAGCUCUUUUCACCUCCUGCUCUGCAAAUGGUUUGAGUAGGGCAGGAGAAAAAGUCAGCGGAGGCUUAGAGAAAGAUUGGUUUCAGUGUCUAUUGGAAGGUAAACACUCAGGUCUCGGGCUGUUUAUCGAUGGUGAUAUGUCGCAAAUAAAAAAAAGUGAAGAUUAGCACAAUGUGAAUAAUGUAAUGUUAACAAUAAAUAUUCUGCUUAUUUGCUAAUUGUAUCCACGU